ACUAAAAAGAAACAAUUUCUUAAAAUAAUCAAAAGGAAUUACUUACAAGCAGACUCCAAAUGGCAAAACCUCAAUUCAAUUUACGAACCCCCCGAUAUAGUUCGUAAAUUGAGAUUAAAGUGUAGUAAUUUCUGAGACUUCAGACUGCAUUCGAGUCACCAUGAUUUGUACCCCUCUUUACCCUAGAGCAAUACCAUUAUCGAGCACUUUGACAUUAUCAGGUGCACUAUAAUCAAUUCAAAUAUUUGUUUACACGCAUUUAUCGAUAGUACUGCGUGGUUUGAUUCAUUGAUUCAUAGUCCAUUGGAUGUACCGCUGAACUACUACAAAACGGUGAAAUGUUCUUAAAAGUCAUUUCCUUUGGAGUCGUUCUAUCAUCUCUGUUCAACUCCGGACAAGGUUUGAACUGCAGCCUGUGCACAACGCUCGUGAGCUGGGAAGUCUGUGACAAAGGCAGCGAUUACUGGGAAUGCUCGGAUGAUGUGGUACUUCGUGGCCAUGGUUUCAUAGCGAAUCUAAAUCCCACCCUACCGUUGGAUAAGACAACCGAUGUGGCCGGAAGUUACCAGUGCUUUUCGCUGGAGGUGUUGUUCGGAGCGGGAAAACUGCUACACGGAUUUGCCCGGGGCUGUACCUUUGCGGCAGUGGAUUUCUGUUCCGGGUGGGUCGAUGGAACCGAAGUUAUCAGCUGUCAAACUUGUCGCAGCGAAGAUCCGAACUCGUGUAACGGUGCCGUUGGCAGCGUGAAUGGCGAAUUCUGGGUUCAUUUGGUUGGGAUUUUGAUUGUAGUCAUGGGAAUGCUGUAAGAUGCUUGGUGAAUAAAUGCGGCAAAUGACUUGCACUAUAGUGCUGAUCAUAA